AUGGGAGCACCAAAGACUGCUGAUCAAAGUUUCCUUCUUUUUCUUUAUCUAUUUAUCAUGUCAGAUGCUGACGCCAAGACACCUUUGCUUGGUGGUGGUACUACUACUACCCAUCAUCACCAUGCUUCUACCAACACCAAUAUGAAUACUACUACUACCACCACUACCGCUGCAGCAACAGCAACAACACCCACCAACAAACCACCUGUGAGUCGACCCAAGUAUAAACGCCGCAGGUCGUCGUUUGAUGCAUCCACUUACAACAGUGCUGGUCAUUCACCUGCGUAUGUACGCUCGGCAGCUUCUUCCUUUCAUGAACGCCUUUCACUGGCAGAUGACCCUGGUUUAAGUCUUUCCAAAAUCUUGGGCCUUACUAUAUGUAUGGCCGGCGUGCAAUUUACCUGGACCGUGGAACUUUCGUAUGGGACACCUUACCUCUUAUCAUUAAACCUAUCAAAAGAAAUGACAGCGCUGGUUUGGCUUGCUGGUCCAUUAUCGGGACUUUUGGUACAACCGUUGAUUGGCGCCUUCAGCGAUAAAUGCACCUCACGCUUUGGGAAACGACGUCCGUUUAUUGUAGUAGCUGGAUUAUUGACAUGCAUAUCCAUGAUUUGUGUCGCUUAUGCGCGUGAAAUUGGUUACGGGAUAGCCUAUAUCACCGAUCAGAAUGAUAUAGAAAAUACGUCUCGAACAUUGGCAAUGCUGGUUGCAGUGGCAUCGUUUUAUUUUUUGGAUUUCACGUUGAAUGCAGUGCAAGCGAUAUGUCGUGCAUUGAUUCUUGAUAUCCCACCCUUAUGGCAGCAGGAACACGCGAAUGCUUGGAGCGCUCGGAUGUGCAACUCGGCUAUGGUGGUUGGCUACUUUGUAGGGUUUGUCAAUCUUGUCGAGCUCUUUCCAUGGUUAGGCGACACUCAAAUGAAGGUCUUUUGUGUUAUUGGCACCAUCAUUUUUUGCAUCACAUUAGCCAUCACAUGCAUCACCACGCAUGAAAAGAAGCUUGAAAUAGAAGAAAAUGAUGAUGGGCCCUGGUACAGCACCUUUGUUUAUAUUUGGCGUGCGUUUCGAUUUCUGCCACGGCCUGUGCAGACAUUGUGCAACACACAAUUCUUUGCUUGGAUGGGAUGGUUCCCUUUUCUCUUUUACAGCACGCAAUGGGUCUCUGAACUUUAUUUUACCACGCAUGAAGGCAAUCAUGGUGACUGGGCAGAUGGCACACGUGCUGGUUCAUUUGCCUUGUUGUGUUACUCGAUCGUGUCAGUUGUUGCAGGUGUAGUGAUACCCGCUCUUGUAGCACGCUACGAACCCUCCCUCCCUUGGAUGUCCACCACCAAUGUGUAUACCGCAUCGCAUUUGAUUGUGGCAGCAGCCUUGUUAUCCGCUUGGUUUGUCAAAUCGGUCUUGGGUGCUACAAUAGUACUCGCCACCAUGGGCAUAUCAUGGGCGAUUGUACUUUGGGUGCCAUUCUCUCUCGUGGGUGAAUAUGUCAGCUAUGAUGAUGAACGACGACAACGUGCACAAUUGGAACAGGCUGUGGCAACGGCUGCUACAACAACAUCUGCUGCCGAGUCCCAACAAGAAAAUGAUGAUUUUGAUGCAGGCAUGAUUCUUGGUGUGCAUAACAUGUACAUUGUAUUUCCCCAAUUUGUGGUUGCCAUCAUGGCAGCCUUCAUUUUCGCUGCUACAAAUGCCAGUGGUGAUCCCUCUUCCGGCGUAGCUUCCGUUUUAGCAUUUGGUGGUAUCAUGGCUCUCAUUGCAAGUGCGUUUAGUCGUUUCAUUGUACGCGUCAAAUAG